CCUCCUGGGUAACCAUGCAUAAUCAGUGGUCCCGGUGGAUAGCUCUUACGACGUUAUAUAAAAGCCAUAGCCGCGUUAUGUCGAUCCAGUUACCAGGACCAUCCUGCACACCGCGAAGCCUCCCUUGACCGUCUAUCGUUUUAGAAGCAUCUCGCUAAACCUUCAAUCAUGGGAUUCCGAAGUCUCUGGUGGAUACUGGCUGCAGCCGCCGCAGCCGCACCAGCCUCUGCCGCUACCACGAUUCAUCUAUGCGGUGACUCGACCAUGGCAAAGGGAGGCGGAGGAGCAUCGGGUAAACCGACCGAGGGUUGGGGCGAGUACCUCAAAUACAGCUUCGGCUCAGACUACGUCGUCCGCAACGCCGCCAUCGGUGGAAGAAGCGCAAGGUCAUAUACCCGUGAAGGACGCUUCCAAGCGGUCGCCGACAUAGUCAAGCCAGGCGAUUGGGUCGUUAUCGAAUUCGGCCACAACGACGGCGGCAGCUUAAGCACCGACAAUGGACGUACCGACUGUCCCGGAGACGGAGCCCAGACUUGCCAGACGACGUAUAACGGCGUCGCGGAGACGGUUCUGACAUAUCCCGCGUACUACAAGAACGCGGCCAACCUUUUCCUCGGAAAGGGGGCUAAGGUUAUCCUAAACUCGCCGACUCCGAAUAACAUCUGCGAAAGCGGUACAUGUGUCGACGACGUUUCUCGAUUCGAUACCUACGCGAAGCAAGCGGCUAUCGACCUCGCAAGCCCUAACGUCUAUCACGUACCUCACAAGCAAUACGCAGUUCAGGUCAUGAAGAACCUCGGUCCUACCACCGUCACUGCUAACUAUCCUAACGACCACACUCACACUGGCCCUUUUAUGGCUAACGUCAUGGCUGGAUCUUUCGUCUUGGGGUUGAAGUGCGGAACCAGUGCGCUUGGAAAGGCUGUUAAAAACUCGACCGAGUCGUUGGCUUCGGCUUCGUACGGAGCGUGUAUAAAAUAAGACAACUCUGUUCUUAUUUAGAAUGUUUAGACAGUAUAUGAAAAGCUCUAUGAUAUUACAUCAGUUCUUCUAGGCGUGCCACAAACGACUCCGAAAGGGUACAUCGAUAAGGCUUCGCAUGCCUAGCUCUAAUGUGUCGUGGAGCUAU